UGCGUGCUGUACCUAUGGGCCUUGAAAAUCCUCCACCCGACCAAUUUUUUCCUACUUCGAGGCAAUCAUGAAUGCCGACAUCUGACUGAGUACUUCACUUUCAAACAGGAAUGCCGAAUAAAGUAUAAUGAUGAGGUUUAUAAUGCUUGUAUGGAUGCGUUCGAUUGUCUUCCACUGGCUGCACUUAUGAAUUGUCAAUUCCUUUGUGUUCACGGUGGUCUUUCCCCUGAAAUUCAAACCUUGGAUGAUAUUCGACGGUCCCGUUCUCAUGAGGGACGUAUUUUGUGA